AUGCGACUUGUUAUUUUGACUCUAUUUUUUAUUUUCACAAUUGUGGUAUGUUAUUCGAUGUAAUUUCUAAUCAAAAAUAAAUUUAUAUAUUUUUCAGAACUGUCGUCAAUGCGAUUUUGAAACUUCAUGCAGCGAUGAUGAAACAUGUUGCAAAUUGGGAGAUAAUCUUUGGGGAUGUUGUCCAAUGAAUAAUGCAGUUUGUUGUGAUGAUCAUACUCAUUGUUGUCCUUCUGGAACACAAUGUGAUACACAAGGAUCACGGUGUAUUCAAGGAAAUGUUAGUUUUUUUUUACUCCGUGGAAAUUCAAGUUAUUAUUUUUAAAGGUAUUCCAUUCUCCAAUGCAAAAGAAAAAACCAGCUACAAAAAAUGUUUUGAGAAAUGAAUUCAAUGAAAUAAUCUGUCCAGACAAUGCAAGUAAAUGCCCAGAUGGUUCGUUUUUCUUUCUUUUUUUGAUUAAAAAAUAUUAUCAUUUUUCAAUGUCACUCAAAUAUUUAAAAAAAAAUUGAAAUUUAGGUUCAACUUGUUGUCUUCUCGAACAAGGAACAUAUGGUUGUUGCCCAGUUCCAAAUGCAGUUUGUUGUCCAGAUAUGCUUCAUUGUUGUCCAAAUGGAUUCACGUGUCACGGGCAAUUCUGCUCACAAAAUGUAGUUUUUUCUUACAUGUGACAAUUUAGAAAAAAACUGAACUUUUUUCAGUUUGCCCGUAUUCCUCAUCUCAAAAAGUUCAAAUCGACUUCAAUCCACCGUAAACCAGCUGUCAAUUUCAUGAAUAGCGAAGAAUCCGACAGUUCUGAGGUAUAUUUUAUUUUUCAAUAAUCUCUUUGAAAUAAAUAAAAUUUCAGUCAGAUGAUCUUCCACAAAGUUUAUCUCCUCUCAAAUGUGGUUUAGAUAAAACUUGUCCAGCAAAAACAACUUGCUGUGCAGUUUCGAAUUCAAAUGGUGGUUUCAAUCACAUGUGUUGUCCUUUGAGUAAUGUAAGAUCACCAUUUUUAUUUUUUUCGAAUCCUUACGAUUAUUGUUUUAGGCUGUUUGCUGUUCAAAUACAUGUUGUCCAAAUGGUUAUCAUUGCAUUGAAGGAGGAAAAUGUGAAAAGAAUGCAUCACCAAAAUACGGUUGGCAAUCAAUUCAAAAUGAUUACUAA